AUGGACGACGAUUUGCUUCUCAAGAACUUCUUCGCUGAAGUUAGUGAAGUUGAGAGGGACAACCAAGUCCUCAGGAUCCUCUCGUGCUUCAAGUUAAAUCCUUUUGAGUAUCUUAACUUACCCUUUGAUGCAUCCCCAGAAGAUGUCAAAAAGCAGUAUCGUAAGUUAUCUUUAAUGGUUCACCCCGAUAAGUGCAAGCAUCCACAGGCUAAGGAGGCAUUUGGAGCAUUGGCAAAAGCGCAACAGCUCUUACUCGAUCAACAGGAAAGGGAUUAUAUUAUUAGCCAAGUCAAUGCAGCCAAAGAUGAACUUAGAGCAAAAAGGAAGAAGCAGUUGAAGAAAGAUACAGCUUCUAAAAUUAAAUCAUUGGUUGACGAGGGGAAAUAUGAACAACAGUAUGAACAGUCAGAAGAGUUCCAGCAAGAACUGAAAAUGAAGGUUCGAGAAAUAUUAACAGAACAAGAAUGGCGAAGGAGAAAAAUGCAAAUGAGGAUAUCAGAAGAGGAAGGUAGAUUGAAAAAAGAUGAAGAAGAAACCAAAGAGAUGUGGAAAAGAAAAAGGGAGCAUGAGGAACAGUGGGAAGGAACAAGAGAACAAAGGGUUUCAAGUUGGAGGGAUUUUAUGAAGGGUGGAAAGAAGGCCAAGAAAGGAGAAAUUCGACCUCCAAAGCUCAAGACUGAAGACCCUAACAAAUCUUAUGUUCAAAGGCCAGUAAAACGAGGUUGA